AUGUAUGCGACGGAUUUCGACGAUUACUGUGACUUCAACGAUAGCGUCUGCAGCAAUGACUCGGGAUUCGAGAGGUCACACGCUGACUCCCAAGCAACACCAUCAUCUGUCAACACUACUCUCAAUUUUGAUACAUCAGACUUAGCUAUAUCUGUGAUAUCAAAAGAUUCAACGGUCAGGAGGAAACUCUUUCAUGACGACUACACGUACAUCUUCCCAGACCAGAUAAAGGAGGUCACGGAAUUUGAAGACUUUAAGCCGAUGGAUAACACAUCAACACCAAUAAAGAAAGAGAAGAAACCUAAAGAUCCGAACAAACCCAAGAGGAAAUACGCAAAUGGAAAGAACAGAGUCACGAGGUGUAAGAGUCCCAGUCAGAUAUUGAGAAUAAAGAGGAAUAGAAGGAUGAAGGCCAACGACAGGGAGCGAAACAGAAUGCACAUGUUGAACGAAGCCUUGGACAGGUUGAGGUGUGUCUUACCAACUUUCCCUGAAGAUACGAAGCUGACCAAAAUAGAAACAUUACGUUUCGCACACAAUUAUAUAUUUGCUUUAAGUCAGACGCUUGAAUCUCUAGAUAAUAUUAACUGUGGACAAACCAGUGUGGAAUAUAAUUACGACAAACUAAGUUGCGCGGCAGAGAAAGUUAACAAAGACGCCUUCAGGGAGAUAUUUCUUCCGAACAAGGACGAGUGUGGUGAUGGAUACAGGAGUUUCCAGGGUUAUAGUAAGCCCUUUCCGAACGGAUCGAAUUUCUUACAGACUUCAGAAGGUGUGUUGAUAAAUGUUGGAAAUGUAACUGUGUCUGUGAAUAAUAAAGGCGGUAAUUGUAUCACUUCGACGACGGGGAGCGGCUUCUUCUCUCAUCCAUCGAGUCUAGUUGACGAUAUACAUCAGGGUUACACUCCAAGGCCUUACGAUAUCAAUAACUACACGGAAUAUGAUCCUAGGAUGCAAAAUGCGUCGACGGAAUACUUUAACCAGAAAAAUUAUGAAAUAUUCAAAAAUGCGUUCGAAACAGCCAAAAAUAGGAAGCAAGUCAGCGCCGUCCAGUACAAUAAUUACACGAAUUUUUCAAAUUCCUAUUGCUACAAUGAGAAGUACGGUUAUACAGAUGAAAGUUGUUAUCCUCAAAGUAACUAUUAUAAUGAUCAAAGAUACGUAGGUAGAGAUUUUUAUAGAAGUCCUAGCAUGGUGAAUGCGCAAAUUUAA